UUCUUUACGCUGCCUCUUACCCACAAUCCACUGCGGUCCUCCACAUCAGGAUCUGUAGCUUCCGAGUGUCAAACCCAAGAUGGCGCUGCAUCGUUUGUCCCGGCUGUCCUCGCUGCUGCGCUCCGCUGUGGUGCUGACGCUGCGCAGGAACGUCGGCAUCUCUGCYGUCGUCUUCAACAAGGCCAAGGAGCUCGACCCCAUCCAGAAGCUGUUUCUGGAUAAGAUCCGGGACUACAACACCAAGAGGAA